UGAGCUCACCAUCUCGAACACCACCAUCGUCCUCAAAGACACAUCCACAAACAUCUCAUCUAUCUCAUAUUCUCUUGUAAACAUGGCUUUGAACUGGACAAUGCUGAACCCUGACCGUACUCCGGUCCCACUUCUCGGGGAGACGACGGUGCUGACCAUCGAAUCCGGCGCUGAAGUGUCACUUACCAUCCCAGAUGCACCUCCGGGGACUGCUGAUUCGGCUGGAGGGGUUGGUGGGACAAAGAAACUCAAGGCUACCGGGAAGCUGUGGGUGACCGAGAAGCGUCUUAUCUUUGUGGCACCUCCCGUUCCCGCGGGAACAGUGGCUGCCUUCGAAUCUCUCUCGGUGCCUCUUCACUGUCUGCUUUCGACCAAUUAUGAGCAACCACUGCUCGGGUCGAAUUACCUGCUUGUGGAGAUCAAGCCAACGGCUGACGGAGGGCUUACGGCUGGCACGAAGGCUGAGAUCAGGUUGAAGGAUCAGCCCCUGUUUCAGCUAGUGAGCGUGUUGAACAAGACGAGGGAAAGAGCCGUUUAUAUGCAGAGACAACCGAUAGAGGAGGAUGACCUCCCGGCCUACGCGUCUCCUUCGGCCUCUACGCCCGCUGCAUCCGCUUCACGUACACCGGUUGCGGAGACCCCCAGCGACGCUCCGCCAGGUUAUGAUGCGUGAUCAUGAUAUGGACCGUAGUAGAGAAGGUGUACGAGUGCAUUUAUUGCUAUAUCGUCCUUUGGCUUGGACGUAUGUGUAUCGAUAGAUUUACGUGAUUCAGAACUAGUGCUCAGGGAGCUUCUCCCUUUCCACAUUGUAUCCUCUUCUUCCUGACCACCCAUCAUUGGGCGAAGGUUGACGAGUACUUGUUCUGUGCAGCUUCUACGCAUGAUAAGGAAUGUUUUUC